AUGGAAACGAAAACAGAAAGCAAAGAACAACAAUGGAAAGAUUCGAUUUCUCCAUCCUCAUCUUCACGAUCUUCAUCAAUAACAUCUGUUUCUUCAGAUGGACACUUUGAUAUCCGACACUUUCCUCUUCCCAAGCCAUCAUUGUCUGCUUCCGAGGCACAGAAACAGAGAGAGUCCUAUCAGGCUUAUAGUUCCUCCGUCAGCUCUUAUACCGGUUCGUCAUGGUCCUCGAGGACCUCGACUCACCAGAACCACCUUAUUGAUCUGCCCGGUUACGAUCCAAACCGGAUUCCAUCUUCGGUCUUCUCCAGUAAACCGACUAAUUCGACUGAAUGGAGUAUAGCUUCUAAUGAAUCGUUGUUUAGCAUCCACGAUGGGAAUUUUAGCAUUUAUACAAGGGAAGAUCAUGGAUUAGCUUCAGCGUUAAGAUUGGCUGAUACACCGAGAUUUGAAGAAGCAUAUCAAGAGAUAACCGAAAUCAUCCCGGUUCCUCUUGCUCCUCCGGUUAAGAAUCUCACAGAACCUGAGACAGAAACGAUAUUAGAGAACAAACAAGAUCAGGUCGAAAAAUCAGACUCUAGAAUUGAUGAUGAUGAUGAAUUGGAAAAAGAAGAGAUGACUGAACUCAGAAGCGACGAUGAAGAGGAAGAAGAAUAUACGAUCGAAGCGGAGGUUAUAGUAGAAAUCGAAACCGAGAAACCAAAAGAAAAAGUAGUAGAAGAUGUGAAGGAGAACAAACCAGAAGAUUCAAUCAGUACAAUUUCACAUUCCACAAGCAUUUCUUGUCUUUCAGACAUCAGCAAUAACAGCAUUUGCUCUUUCGCAUUCCCAGUAUUGCAGGAAGAGGAUGGAGUCAACGAAACGCCGUCUAUUGAAAUCAGAGAGAACGUUUCCCACAAGCGAAAACCGGAGUAUCUGCUGCCUCAAUCGCCGAGGCAACCGGCCCAACCGCAGCCUUAUUCAGAAUCUGGUACGCCAACUCAGUUGCAGCCGCAAUCACAACGACAACGGAAGGCAUCGAAACCAUUCGAGUCUCAAACGCAAUCGCCAAAAGCUUCGAGAAACGGUUGGUUCUCGUGCUUCCACUGUCCAAAGCGC